AUGCCUAGCAGUUUCCCCUGGAGUUUAAAGGUAAGGCACUGGCCUCCGAACCCGUUUCCAGGCGCUCACCCUGGACACGAGCGGGGGGCCUUUCUUGGGGUCGGUCUUCCGGGACUCGGCCGGCCGCAGGGAUCGGCUGCUUUCUCAAGUGGCUGCUGUUUACCACGACCUGCUCUUUGCUUUUCCAGACACAACAGCUGGGAGCCGGAGGAGAACAUCCUGGACCCGCGGCUGCUGCUGGCCUUCCAGAAGAAGGAACAGGAGAAGGAGGUGCAGAACCGGAAGAAAGGCAAGCGGCCCCGGGGCAGGCCGCGGAAGCUCGCGGUGAUGUCCUCCUGCGGCCGGCACUCCAAGCUCAAGGAACCGGACACCUCCUCCAAGUGCAAGUCCAGCAGCUCCUCCUCGUCCUCCACGUCCUCCUCCUCUUCCUCUGAUGAAGAGGGGGACAGCGACCUAGACGCCAAGAGGGGCCCCCGCGGCCGGGAGACCCACCCAGUGCCGCAGAAGAAGGCGCAGAUCCUGGUGGCCAAGCCCGAGCUGAAGGACCCCAUCCGGAAGAAGCGGGGCCGCAAGCCCCUGCCCCCGGAGCAGAAGGCGGCCCGGAGGCCCGUGAACCUGGCCAGGGUGCUGAAGACCGCCAGGAAGGACCUG